CCUAGUCUCUAAUAAACACAAAGCAACCCUGCCUCCCUAUCCAUCUCUCAAAUCUGUGUUUUCUCAAAGCAAAGGUUGCAAAUUUGUUGGUUCGUGAAUCGCAGGUCUACCCUAGUUUUCAACCUCGCUCAUUUGUGAAUCCCAGGAUAAUUUUGAGAGUGUUGACAUGAAUGAUCAUCGUGAUCAUAUCUUGGGAUGGAUGAAAGAGUUAUGGAAUAAAUGGAGAGGAUACUUGCACGCAAAAUAUGUGAAGAAUAAGCCAAUCCAACAAGCUCUUAGGAGUAUUCCAAAGGGAGUAGACAAGAAAGAAUGAGAGUGGCGAGAAGCAAUAGGAAUGCAGCAAACCGAGCUAAGUUGAACAUGCUUCACCAUGUUGUUAGUAAGCCUAUUCGAGAGAUAAUUUAUCAAAAGGGCGGGAAAGAUGGCAAUCCACUAGAUUUGGCAACAAUUUUCUUUGAGACUCGUAAGAAAAAUAACAAGCUUGUUGAACCUGAAGCAAUUGAAAAACAUGCUCAGAUUGAAGAAAUAGUUCAAUCGGAUCCAUCUUUACCUAGCAUAGAGAUAGUAGAAAAUAUUGUGGACCUCAAACCCGUAGCCAUGUAUUUGGCUUUGGGGGUGGAGUAAAGGCGAAAGACUUGAAAGGUGACACUUCUUCAAAGGCUCAAUUACUGUCCGUGCUACGUUCAAUUAGAGAGAAAAAUAAAUCUUUGAAUGAGGAAAACAAAUCCUUACAAGAUCGAUUGCCUACCUUAGAAGAUGAGAUGAAAGAAAUGAGGAAAAUAAAGGAAUUCUUUGCUGCUCAACAAUCACAUGUCUCUCCUUCGACAUCGUUCGUUUCAACUGAAUGACUACUACUUUUGUCUGCUGACCAAGUUAGUAACAAUAUUUGCUUACAUGAUAUUUUAAGCUUAAGGUGUUUCUGUCUAUAUUUGCUUACAUGAUAUUUUGUUGGUAUUUGUACCUUGAUGCUUGUUUAUUAUCGUCUGUGAAGUGUUCUGAUCUCUUUCUCGUUAUAUUUGCAAUUUUUCUUAGAUUUGAUUGGUGAACCUGUUAUCACUUGAUUUAUGUGAAGGGAGUUUGACUCUCUUAGUUCCUGACAUCUUUACUCUUAUGCUGCUGUUUCUUUAGCUUAUAGGGUGAAAUAGGUGAUAUUUAGUUCUUUGUGUUACUGUUACCUUUAAAGAACUGUUGGUUUUAGGUCAAAGUUUGUGUCUUUUUUAGGGAUUUGAAUGAUGAAGGAAACUUGGAAUUUUUUAUUGUUAGUGAAGAGUAUGUUUUUAUUGGUGUUGGGAGUUUUGUGUGUUUCUGGUUUUGAUCAUGCUGAUAAUUUCUUAAUAGAUUGUGGAUCAAAUAAGGAUACUAAUGUUGGUAAUAGGGUAUUUAUGGCUGAUAAAUCAGCUGUUAAGUUUCUUUCAACUUCA